AUGGCCGAAGAAGAAACCUGUUGCGGGUGCGUCACCCUCGACGAAGCUGAGGAGUACGACAUGGGACUCCACAUUGGCGCUAUCUUCAUCAUAUUUGUCGUGUCCGCGGCUGGCACCAUGAUCCCGAUCAUCUCGCAGAAGAUCCCUCAAUGUAAGGCCAACUCGGUCGUUAUGGAGGCUGUCAGUGCCUUCGCGUUCGGAGUUGUUCUCGCCACGGGUCUCAUCCACAUGGUCAACGAGGGCAUUGAGAAGCUAAGCAACGAGUGUCUCGGAGCUGUCGUGGAAAACUACGAGAGUCUGGGUCUCGCCUUUGUGCUGAUCACUCUGGUGGUCAUGCACUUCAUCGAGUGUGAGAGUUCGGUGUUUUUCGGUGCCCAAAAUUCGAUGCUCCAUGGUCACGCUCACGGGGAGAUCACAGCUCAAGAGGCUGCAAUUACUCCGGCGGAUCGAGAAACUCCAAAGCCAGUGGAGAAUCCGUAUCACGAAGCUGCUUUCGACCAGAGCGAGCUUGACUCCAAGAUUCGUCGUAAAAUUGCCACAAUCAUCUUCGAGGCUGGCGUUGUCUUCCACUCCGUCAUCAUCGGUCUUGAUCUCGGAGUCACGGCUGGCUCAGAGUUCAAGACUCUCCUUGCAGCUCUGUGCUUUCACCAGUUCUUCGAAGGUGUCGCUAUCGGCAGCUCAGCGCUCAGCUCCCUCGAAAGUAAGAGCAAGCUCUUCAUUGUCAACUUCGUGUUCGCCAUCACGACUCCAAUUGGCCAAGUCAUCGGCAUUGGUAUCCGAAGCACAUACUCGGACUCGUCGACGACGUCACUGUGGGUUCAGGGAAUUCUCAACUGCGUUGCUGGUGGCAUUCUGCUGUACACGGGUCUGGUGGAGUUGUUGACGUACAACAUGACCACGAACGGCCAGUUCCUGUCGCGUCCGACGGCCCAGCGUUUCUUGUUGUACAUUUGCUUGUGGCUGGGUGCUGGUUUGAUGGCCCUCAUCGGCAAGUGGGCGUGA